AAAAUAUAAGCAUUCUCGAUGUUUAAUGAAUUUUCCUUUUUAUAUUCUUUAUUUCUCUUUGCAGAUCCCCACGCAGCUGAAAAAUACAUAUGUGUGUCUUGCAAGGGCUUGUUUGAGAAUGCUGCAACUCUCCUAAAACAUGCACAGGAGGACCAUGGAAUGCAGAUAUACACAUUUCCAAAGGAGGAGAGACCUUUCUCAAGGUCCCGGUCUGUGUCUGUGGAGUCGGUCUCUCAGGUUGACUCCCUCUCACCCAAGAGCACAACAUCUAGCACCAGCAAGCAGCUUAUUCCCAAACCAAUAGAGAGCAGUUUACCACAAAUUAUUCACCCUCCACUGGCUCCUAUACCAGUCCACAGUCCACAUUCUCAUCCUGUAGAUGGUCACACGCCACCGUUUCCAGUCUUAAUUCGUCCAACGGGCCCAGAUAGGCUGUAUUCACCUGGGAUGGAGAGGCUGUAUCCCCAUAUAAAUCACAUGCACCGGAGGGAUUUUCAUAUGCCUCCUCCAGAGAGUAGAAUCACUGAGAUACCACCACAUAUAUCUCCUGUCAGCAUAGCCGACUUUCACACUCCUCAGCUGCCAUUUGUCCCCCCUCCACCGCCACCCCUACCGCCACCACACCUUCAACCGCAACAUCAACCACCGACGGAUUCCAGUGCUGCAAACCACUUGAAGCUGUUGGCCAAAAAGAGCCCACCACUCUCACCACACAGGCGUCUGCCUUACCCUGGCUAUCCGACCCGCAGGUAUCCAUCUUUCUCGUCCAAGGGCAAGUCAUGUGAAUUCUGCGGGAAGACGUUCAAGUUCCAGAGCAACUUGGUUGUCCAUCGCAGAUCUCAUACAGGUGAGAAACCUUUUAAGUGUCAUCUGUGUGACCAUGCCUGCAGUCAAGCCAGCAAGCUAAAGCGGCACAUGAAGACGCACAUGAAUAAACCACCAUCGGCAAUGGGGUCCGCUCCAGAUAUGGAUGAUAAGGAUGAAAACAGCAAUGAGGAAGAAGGGCAAGAGGGAUCAAUGGGCACCGGCGAUAGAAAGAAUAUGAGUGAUAGCUCCUCCCCAGAAGAGGAAGAAAUGGAGGAGGAAGAAGAAGAGGAAGAUGAGGAAGAGGAGGAAAAGGAAGAAGAGGAAGAAGAAGAGGAAGAACCUGAUGAGGCAGACAUGGUUGAUAUAAAACCAAAGGAACCUGAAAGAGAGGAUGAAGAAAUAACUGUGAAGUCUGAAGGUGAGGCCAAAUCAUCAGAACAAGAAUUUGAAGAGGAAAGAUCCAAGGAAAGGAGGCCAUCAAGUGCUGAUGUGGAACGCGUGAGGAAUGUGAGCAGAGGGAGUCCUAAAGGGCUAUCACAUCAUCAUUCUUCAUUGUUAAGUGAGAUGAUGGUCAAUUCUGGAUUAGAUGAAAUUCAGCAAUACAGCGAAGCAUUCAAGCAGGCCAUAGCAGAACGGAAUAUAAUCUUUGGAAAGCCUCGAUCAUCGAGUGAUGUAUCGUCACCAGAAAACCACCAUCCACGUAAUUCUAACAGCAGGCCACCAUCCAGACCACAGGAUCACCACAGUCCCAUUGAAUCAAGUCUGAUGGCAAGGCUACGAGCAGAGCAUACCCUUCUGCAAGGUAAUCAUCCUUUAACACCAGGUAUAGCAGAGCGUAGUGCUAUGUCUGACUUGGAACUGGUGACCAAUCGCAUCAAAAUGGAACCAUCAACAUCAUGGCCACCUUCUCCUUUAGCAAUACACAGAGAACCACUCAUGUCAUCACCCGUCCGCUCAGAUGCCAGCCCACUUGGAACAACAAAUGGCGGUCCAGCUGCUUUCUUUGCUCAGCGUCGCUUCAUAGAAUCCAAUGGUGGCAUGCCAUCCAACGCUGUACUCCCGUACUCAAGUCCUCCCAAUAGAAUGAAGCCACAAAGGGCAACGGAGAAACGGAGCGAUACCUGCGAGUUCUGUGGCAAGCGGUUCAAGAAUUGCAGCAACUUGACGGUCCAUCGUCGUUCACACACUGGUGAGAAGCCGUACAAAUGUCAGCUGUGUUCAUAUGCUUGUGCUCAGAGUAGCAAGCUUACACGCCACAUGAAGACCCAUGGUCAUGGUGCAAAAGAAGUCUUCAAGUGUGAGGUGUGCAACAUGCCCUUCUCUGUCUACAGCACUCUAGAAAAGCACAUGAAGAAAGAGCAUUGGGGGGCCAUCAAGGGGUUGGCACCUCGUUCUGACGCGGUGGGUGCACGAAUGUACAGCUACAAGGCCAAUCUACCAGGAUUGUCUAAGUGAUAUGAGGUAGUCACUCUAAAAGAACAACCUCAAAUCUACAAGACUUGCCUGUCUUGAAUGAGAACAGCCACUCAAGGCUGGUUCUUCCUUGCAGCUGAUUCCCGUCGUAUUCACUCCAUGGAGUGAAAAUGUCUGUCUAGUAUAACUGUAAAUGUUCCACAACCCCUAGUUUGCAGUAGCUUCUUAGCAACUUGGAUAGUGGUGAUCUAAUUGUCACUCUAAUUCCCACAUGACAACUCUUUAGCCAGCCAUGUACUGUCUUCAUUACAAAACAGGCAAGUCAUUUUUAGCAAGCUUACAUUUGCAGCCUAUUAAUGCUCAAUGCUAUCUUUAAAAGCCUUUUGCUUUUAAAUUUUUUUUUGUUCACUUAUGGGCAGUCAAAACCGCCAUACAGUGAUUAUUUAUAAGAAAUUUCUUCAUAGAAAUUUGAUAAUUUCUUCUGCAGAAUCUGAGUCUGAAAUAGAAAAAUAAGUUGAUAAUGAAAUGUACAAGUUUUUCUACAUUUGUGAAUAUCCUAAGAUUUCCACUCUUCAUGUAUUUCUACGUGGGAGAAUGGAGCUUUCCAUGAAAUGAAUUGGAGCUAGAAGAUAUCCAUUCCAUGUCUGUCUGCCUGGUGUAGGGGUCUUAUGUAUAAAGUAGUGUAGGCAAAAAUAUAGCUUUCUUUCUCCUGGUCCUGCUUGCAUCUUCAAGUGAGCUUAUUGCAACACAGGCCUGAUGGUCCUAAAUAUUCAAGUGGAAUGUAUGAUGUAUACAUCAUUGGCUGCAUAUCAUUAUCAUGGAAUAUUGAUAAAUAUAAUGUCUGUCAUUCAUUGCCAAACUUCGAAAUAAAAAAACUAUGAAAUAAUAGAGUUAUGAAAUUAUUGAAAUAUGAAUUAAGUGAAAUAUUUAAAAUUGAAAAAUCUUCAAUGCUGUCAUUGGAUCAUGCUGCACUGAAUUAUCCAAAGCACUUUAUUAAAUAUGAAAUUUAUUACAGCCUUACAAGAUGGAAGUAAAGAUUAACAUUCAUUAUGCUGCUAGAAAAAAACAAGCUGCAAAUAUAUACAAAUUUAUAUUUAUAUUUUAGAUCUGACUCUUGAGAUGUGUCACAGUGUUAAAGGUAGUAGUAUCCAUUGUUAAUGAUAUCUCAAACCUAAAAGAACAUGUAGGAGUAUAGUAACAUAAUUGAAACUUGCAAACAAGUUUGAUGAAUCGAAUUCAAAAUUUAAAUGUCUUGACUUGCAUUGAUUAACAAGAUAUGGGGAUUGAUAUUCCAUAGCAACACAUUUUGUCAGUGAAAUAAAAACAUGUACUUCAAUUGAAAUAUUUGCUAUUUUUUAUAAAACAUUCGUAUCACAGGAGAAUGAAAGUCGAAUUGUGUCCUUUUAUUUGAGCAAUUGACAAAUCAGGUUUCAGUGCUGAAAAACUAAAUCUUGCUUAUUGGAUAAAAAAACAAGUCUAGAAAAAUUCACAAUACAGACUGCUUUGUCUGCACCAAUCGGUACUGUAUGCACUAUAUAUCGUAAGAUGAACCACCUACAUUGAUCUGCACUCACCAAUAUAAUUAAUCAUAGAAACGAUAUCUUUUGUAAUUCUAAAAUUUGAAGUAUUUCAAAUCCUAGUGAUUGCAAGGCUACAUUCUGCUUGUACUUCAUUCUGUAGCAUCCAUGAGAACACAAAGGAAUGAGGAAAGGUCUAUGCUUAAUGCUGAGCAGGAUGUAGCAUGAAAUGCAUUGGUCACUUCUUACUAUGAUAAUAUAUUGACAACUCUAGGUUGGAAAUUCAUGUGCAUGGGUACCUUGAAUGUUAUUUUUAAAGUGAGUUUUUAUGUAUUACACAAUGCAUAAUCUGUAUAUUUGACUUUCAUUCUCCUAUCAAUAUAAGAAAAAUAAUUUUGAGGAGCUAUUGCUUUUCUAUGCUCUCUAUGUGGAAUGAAAUGAGGCAAAAUGUAAAAAAAAAUAAUGCUUCUAUACUUUCUGCUUCAAAUUAGUUUUUAAGUGCAAAAACUGUGCAGAAUAUCUAUAAAUGAUAGUACCAAUGAUAUCGUCUUUGAUGACUGAAAUAAACUAAAUUGUGCCUAAAGUUUAACAUGGAGCAUCUCAUUGUAUUUGCCCAAAAUGAAUAAAAUUCAGUGACCAAUUCUUCAAGGUAAAUGUAUCCAAGUGCCAAAGAAGAAUAUAUGUUUUUGUUCAUUUCUGGAAAGACCUAUGGAGUAAAAAGAUUAUAGAUGUUUGUAAUGAGGUAGUAAGAAAUAUCUUAAGCCGAAAUUUGUAUGAAAAGUGUAACAAUAAAUAAGGUAGUCACUGGUAAUUUGAAGGUAGAAUUUAACUGGAAAUUUUCUCUCUUGUUGGAUGCAUGUAAGAUUAAGUCUAUAGACUCUUUAAAGAGUUCAAAUGAUACAAGUUUGUAAUAAUAGUGUUUUACCAGUUGUCAGCAGCUACAGGUGAUGACACAAUGGAUGUCAAAGUUAGUCUUGCUAACAGACUGGAUCUAGCCAUGGAAUAUGUUUUGAGCCAGAAUACAAAUCUAUGUUCCAUCAUAUUGGAUGAUGGGUGAAGAAUCCAUCGGCCAGUAGUUGUGGUAUAAAGCUCCAAACCUGGAUGUUUAAAACUACUAAUAAUACCGGAGGAAAGCUUGUGUAGUGUAGCAAGUGAAAAAAAACCUUGGAAUUUGUGAAUUUUCUGGUAAAUUGUGGAGAGUCCAUGAGGAACAUGCACUGCCAGCAUUCAUAUCCAGAUCUUUGAAAUGUAAGGUGUAAAAUGAACUAUGCUAAGUUAAGUAUUACUCUUUGGAGAUCCGUAGAGGUAACAAACGGAUGUAUAGUGUGUGAAAACAGCCGUUAUAAAAAAAGGUGUUUGCUGCUUGCUUAGGAAAUGAUGCUAUUCAAGACGAAAAGACUGUAGUGCGGAAAUUCUGAAAUUAUUUUAAUGUGUUUGAAAAACACAUUUUUUUUACUUUAAUUUCUCAUCAACUGUUAUUGUAUUUUUUUCUUUUUGUUUGAUACUGUUGUGUGUUUGUAAAAGAUGAGAACUUGUGUCAUAUCCUCUGAAAUGUAUGUUGUUUGUUUUCUUAUUAAUGGUAUGAACUAAAAAGAGCUUUGUACGUCUGGGAUUUUUUUUUGCAGAGCAAAAAGUUAGGGUGAUGUAUGGUACUCUACUUAUGCUGCUUGAAAUCCUGAAUUCGAAAGAUCAUCAUGUCUAAAGAUUUAAAACUUGUGCAAUAUUUCUAUUUCAUUACAUUUUUUUUAAUUAUCAUUUUAGUGCUGAAAUAAGUCAAUUGUUUAAAUGUGAUUUGCAUCUUAGGGGAUUGUCAGCUUUUUACUGUGAGUUUUUGAUUACGUUUAGUAGGUGUAAUUAAGAUGCUAAGAGUGAUUAGUUCUACCAUAUAGGUAUACUAAGAACCAAACAAACCCUAAACAAGCAUGGUUAUCCUUUUUUAUCACUAGUAUAUAUUAGGUAAUACACUAGAGUAAGCUACAUCAAUUCACUGAACAAAACUAUCUAUGAUGUUACAAGAUUGUUGGAGAGUAUGAAAUGCUACUUGGGAUGGUGAUAUUUGUUUUGUUUUUUCAUCUUCUUUAUUUGGGUAGUAGGUAUUGAUUGUGGGGGAAAUCUGUACAGAAUGUUAGGUAGGUAGGACUACAGAGGUGGAAUUAUAUAUAUUGUAGUUUUCUAUCUACCUGUAUGUGUGUGGUGGGGCACAAGGAGAAAUGUAUAUAAAAAGAGCCCACUAACACACAUGAUUGAUAUUUACAUUGCAGAAUAACACUUUUUACUUGUCACACACACAAAAAUGUUUCAAUCUUUGGAUUCAUAACAAAUACACCUUCAAUUUGUUUCUACCUUAAGAUGCAGUGCUAGAAUGUACAUAAAUGAAGGGAAUGUCUUUAAAUUUUGGAGAUGUGGUAUUCACAUUUAAAGGUUUACCUUUUCAUUUGUGUCUUUCUUUAAAGGCUGCUUCAUUAAAACGCACCUUUAAGGCACAUAGCAUGAUUUCAAGUAACAAUAUCUACAUUUCACAGAAAUAUUAUAUAUAUAAAUAUAUAUCUAUACAUAUUUACAUUACAGUGACACAAUUUAUCUGUCUUUUAUAAUAGAUUUUCUUUUUGGCUAUACCCACUUGACAAUCUAACACAAUUUUAAUUUUAAUUUUUUCUUGUCGAAAUCUUAUGAUUGUGAUGCCUGUCUAGAAGUAUGAUGUGAUGUAUAUGGUUACAUUGAAGUCGUGGAUGUAAAUAUUUCAUAGAUUAAGAGAAAUUACACAAACUGACUGGGUGAGUAUUCUUGAAAUAUUCUAUUAAAAAAAAUUCACUGAAAUAGAUGAGGUUUGAAAAGAUAUAGCUGUUGACUGGAGAAGGGUUUUAUAUUGACAGCAAAGUCAUCAACAAUCUGUCCAAUCACAAGAUAUUUUGAGAUCGAUCCAUUGGAGAAAAAAUAUGAAAAUACAGUCUGCAUAUUGAUACAUUGCUAUAUAUUUAUACCACAAUGUUCUUAUGAAAUAUGUCAAGUUUUAUUCUUAUCUGUCAAGUAGCAAAUUGAUUGGUGUUUGUUAUUAUUUAUCAUGCUUUGCAGCUAUUCUUUAAUUUACCUUGUGUAUUUUCCACUGUUUUUUUUUCUUCAAUCACAUGACCCGGUUGUAGGUAUACUGGUGACACUGUUCUGCAGGUUCCUAUGAAUUAUUACCGGUAGUCUUUAACGUUAUAACAGUUUUUUUUUCAGUUCUUUGCUUGCAUGAAAUCUGUCUAUUAUUUUUUUAUAAGAGCUGGUGUAUUAUCACAAUGCAGUUUUUCCUAUUAUCUGAAAUAGAUGUACUCUCUUGUGUAUAGUGAAUGAAAUCCCUAGCAAUUGUUUUAUUUUAUAUCCUUGUACUAAUUAGAUUAUUAGCAGCUGAUGCAACCUUUAGACACAGACAAUGUCAUCCCAACCUAACUAUUAAGUUAUCAAACUGAAAUCUAAAACUUGUUUUACAAUUUUUUUCCAACAUCCAUUCUAAUGUCCCUAAUAUUUGUGUAAAUAACUUGUUCUGUGUUGUGAAUAUUUCCAAAAUAAGAUCUCACAUAAUUUUCAAUAUACUUCCUAACAGUUAUAUGAACCGUUUAUUACUUGAUUCAUGAAUUUACUCAGAAAUUUCAAUAAAUAUACAUGAAGGUUAUAUUUCAAAUUUACAUUGACAUUUAGCACAUCAUUUAAGAAUUUAUUAUUGAUAGGCCUAUUGUAAAAAAUGAAAUAAUUAAGACACGGUGUUUGAAAUGAUGGAAAUACCCAAGAACAAAAUUUGAACAAGGAGAGAAUUGUUAACAAACAUUUAUUGUUGAUUAACUACAUUUCAAUUUUAAAAGUUCCAUAUUGUUGUUAUAGGCUUAUUAUUCAAAAAAAGACAAACCAAAUUACUCAAAGAAAGGUUUAAAUACAUUUGCUAUUGUCAGGCAAAACAUCUUUCAAGCUUUGGGCCACGAAACUUAGCAUCGAAUUUUUCCUCGAUUUUUGCAUCAUAAUCUGGCUAAAUUCUGCAUUCCUCAAUUUUGAUUGGAUAAUAGUUAUUAUCUACCAUUUGUGAUUGGACGAGGGGUUGUUUAAUUAUGAAAUGCUGCCCUCUUGGUUGUAUCCCCCAUAUGAUAAAUAUGCUGCCUUUUUAUUUGUGUGAGUUUCAUUGUCAUUGAGAGCUGCGUGGGAAGGAUACAAUUUUUCAUUAUGCACGUAUAAAUAUGUUUCCAGAUUCCUAUAAAAUGUUUGUUAUUCCAUCAUUAUUGACUUUAGAAAUGAUAACAUAAUAAUUUUCAUGAAUAACCUUCAUUUAAAAUCAAAAUAACAAAUACUAGAAUGAUUAUAAAACAAAAAAAAUGAAGUAUGUUACUUGGUUACUGAAGGAAUUCGAAGUUGCUAAUCUGGUAAUUUAAAAAAUAAAUCAAAGUUUUUACUUAAACUUGUGAAUCAGGAAAGAGUAUUGACAAAUAGAUGGACAUUGGAACACUGUGAAGGUUGAACAUAGUUGUGAGAAGGUUUUGUGUUUUUUUUAAGAUAAAAGUGUUA